CUAGGUGAGAGAGAGCGAGAUCGAGCGAGUUCGCGGUUAAGGAAUCUCUUGGGAAAGAAGCAAAGGCGGGUUUCCGAGGGAGAUAACGUUGGUAUUUGGUGUGCGAGAGAGAGAGAGAAGGUGGUCGGAGAAUCGGAGAUGAAGCUGUUCGUGAAGACGUUGAAGGGGAACCACUUCGAGAUCGAUGUGGAACCCUCCGAUACGGUUGCUGCCGUCAAGAAACACAUAGAAACCAUCCAUGGUCAAGAUGUUUAUCCAUGUGCUCAGCAACUACUUAUUCACCAAGGGAAGGUGCUGAAAGAUGAAACCACACUGGUUGACAAUAAAGUUGCUGAAAAUAAUUUUAUUGUCAUAAUGUUAACUAAACCUAAGACCCCUACAAGUGGAGCCUCAAUAACUCCAGUUGCAGCAAGUUCUUCACCCUCUAAUUCUUCAACUUUGCCAACGGCUGCUCCUCAAACUGCUCCAGCAACUCUGGCUCCUACCCAGCCUGUGACUUCUCCAGCUGCAACUGCAGCUCCAGCUCCAGCUCCAGCUCCAGCUCCAGCUCCAGCUCCAGCUCCAGCUCCUGCUCCUGCUCCUGCUCCUGCUCCUGCUCCUGCUCCUGCUCCUGCUCCUGCACCCACACCUGCCACACAACCCCCUAGCUUGGAUGCCUAUGGACAAGCUGCAUCAAAUCUUGUUGCUGGAAAUAACUUGGAGCAAACUAUUCAGCAGAUUCUUGACAUGGGUGGGGGAAGUUGGGAUAGAGAAACAGUUGUUCGUGCAUUACGAGCUGCUUACAAUAACCCUGAGAGGGCUGUUGAAUACUUGUAUUCGGGUAUUCCUGAGCAAGCACAACCACCAAUAUCUGUUGCUCGUGGUCCUGCAGCUGGGGAGGCAGCAAAUCCUUCUGUUGCUGCAACACAACAACCUCAACCAGUGGUCCCUCCAAGUGGCCCAAAUUCAAAUCCUUUAGAUCUUUUUCCCCAGGGUAUUCCAAGCAUGGGCGUUGCUGCUGGAAGUGGUAGCUUAGACUUUCUAAGGAACAGUCAGCAGUUUCGAGCCUUGAGGAGCAUGGUGCAAGCCAACCCCCAGAUCUUGCAGCCAAUGCUUCAAGAGUUGACUCGACAAAAUCCUCAACUCAUGAGGCUCAUUCAAGAGCAUCAAGCAGACUUUCUUCGUCUUAUAAAUGAACCUGUAGAAGGGGCAGAAGGGGAUGUUCUCAGUCAACCGGCUGCAAACAUGCCACAGGCUGUGCAAGUUACGCAAGAGGAGCGUGAAGCCAUUGAACGUCUGGAAGCAAUGGGCUUUGAUAGAGCGAUCGUGCUCCAAGUGUUUUUUGCGUGCAACAAGAAUGAGCAGUUGGCUGCUAAUUAUCUUUUGGACCAUUACAACGAGUUUGAAGAGUGAUGGUAUGUGGUGUCUUUCUCUUCUUUGUACCUGAUUCUUCUUACCGGAACUUCAUAAUAUGGGUAGGAACAGAAUGGAGUGAACUUGCCCGUACAUAGAGCGGCUUCAUGAAACUUGGAGAUUGUACAUGUUCAUGUGAAAAUCUGGGUUUACAUUGCGAUCUUUUACCUGAAUGUGGAACAAACUCCGCACGCAGCAGUGGGAACCUGAUAUAUGCUGAUCAUCUGAUUCUGAGGCAUUUGUGUAUUUCUUGAAUUAUGAAAAUCUCGGGAAGAGAUUGGUGUUUUUUAGAAACUGUUGCUAUCUGCUACUAUGAGAGUUUACUAGUUUUUCUGUUGUUUUCUUUC